AUGGACGACGAGCGGCUACCCGAACGACUCUUCUAUGGAGACGUCGCCACGGAUACCCGCUGCCAAGGAGGCCAAAUCCGCCGAUACAGGGAUACUCUGAAGUCCUGCCUUAGGCGUCUGCAUAUCAAUCCGGCCAAAUGGCGAGACCUAGCCCGAGACCGACCGACCGGGAGCGGGACAGUGAAGAUAGGCGCUGCGUUCUACGAAGUCAACAGCAUCGCCGUCACGAAAACCCAACGCGAAGCACGAAAUUCUCAGCUGUGCCCACUUCGCAAUGCCAACGCACAACUGCCUCUAACGUGUCCACGGUGUCAGCGGACAUUCCGGGCGCCAGUUGGACUUGUUGGAGACCUUGGGAUCAACUGCACCAUUCGGACCGCAUCAGCCGUCGUCCCUCUGCCCACCUCUUCUUCGUCCUCUACACCGUCAACUAAUUCUGACCACCUUCCUGAAGCACCACUUCCAUCUACCUCUUCCUCGGCUGCCCCGACGUCUGUCGUCGUGCGCCUGCAUGCACAUCAACACUACGCACAAUCCUGA